GUUGCACUCCCCCGCGGCCGAACUUGGACUCAUCUCGUUUAAAUCUCCGACGGUUGGGUUCAGUAAACGCUGAACGUGAAGCGAACUGCGUGCGAGGUGAGAGUGAGAGCGAGUGAGAGUGGCGUCGUUGUGUUUGUUUUAUUGAUAUUUGGCGUACGAUAACAUAAGAAAGAUGAGUGAUUCGGGCGAGAAUUUAAAGUACAAAUGGACACCUGACAGCACGACGUUGUUGGUGUCGGUUUGGACGGAUAAGCAGGUGCAAAAGCAGCUCGAAUACGCGACGAAGCCGCAACUGAUUUGGGAGAGCGUCGCUCGUUACAUGCAGAAGAAAGGCUACAACGUCUCAGGCAAACAAUGCCGAUCGAGAAUGAAACAGGUACUCGUUUGCUAUCGAGAAGCCAAGAAAACUGGGACUCGCGCUGGCGUUGAACAAUAUUACGAAUCCAUUGAUAGAGUCCUGAAGGAUAAACGACUGCUUCAAUCGAAUAUCAACGGAGUUGAUACCGUUGAUGUAGGAGUUAAUAUAAAAUCACCGCCCAAGGAUGUCAAGACGAAUAAGAAUCUGCAGAUGCGUUAUCAGUAUCGCGAUCCUGUCGAAACUCUACUUCGUACAGAGGCUCUUUCUCCAGCGUGGGAACUUGCACAUGAUGAGGAAUACCCGGAUUCGCCAGAAUCAAAUGAAACGGUUUUAGCACAGCCGUAUCGUACUUUUUCACCAGUUAGAGACGCAGCAACGAAUACUGUUCAACAGUUGGCACCAAACAUGAAGAAAUCACUGCGGCAAAAUUCUGUUCCGGUUAAAGAAAUGCCAAUACAACAAACGUUUCGUCAAACUUCAUUGCCGAAUAAUUGCUACAGCGAAAUACCCUUUCAAAAUACAGUUCAAAACGUGCAAAAUCAUAUAAUCCAAGAAAAUAUGCAACAAAAUCAAGCCUUGCUUCAACAAAACUUACUGCAGGCAGCUCACAAUCAUAUGAUGCAUCAGAAUAUGCUGCACAAUAAUCCUGCACUGCAGCAAAACUUGUUACAUAACACAAAUCCAAUUUUACAAAGUCAAAUGCCACCGAAUCCGAUAAGAAUACCAACUGAAGUACAGCCGAAUAUUAUUUUGAACCAAAAUCGUAUCCCUCAAAAUAUUCAACGUAUGCAAAAUCAGUUCCAGCAAAGCUCAGCAGCUAUGAAUAAGCAGGCUAUGCCACAGGAACCAAGAAAGGCUUCGUUCAGACAAAACUUAGCGGCUACAUAUAAACAAUAUCAGGAUGCAAUUCCGACACAAAAUUUCAAUCCAAAUGUUAAUCAAACAGCUGGCCAAUUGUCUCCGGACAUUUUUGGCGAUAUUGGGCCAAAUUUGAAUGAUGCGUUCUGUGAGACUCCUAAACAUGAAAAGUCACAAAAUUUAAACGAAACCUUCAAUCAGCCGCUACCGACGUACAAUCCUCUUUUUCUGCCAAGUCUUGACGCCACAUCCUUAACAACAAAUGCUACUUUCAAUGACGACACAUUAUCCAUAGAGUUCUUGCAGGAAUCACCAUCACCUUCGGAAAAAGGUCUCAGUAAAUCGAAAGACUCUGGUGUGAACACUGAAUCAGCACCCGAUGCACCAUUUAGGAAAAAAAAAGCUCAGAAGCUGGAACAACUUAUGAUGAGUGCACUGAGUUCGCAGAACGAAGUCGUUAAUAAGAUUCUGGCAGCGCAGAGCGAUAUGGUUACUCGUUUCUUGGACAUAGACAGAGACCGUCAAAACAGAUUAGAAAACCGGUUGGAUCAUCUGUUGAACGUAGUUCAUGCCUCAGUUUUGAACAAAAGUCCGGAAAAGGACGCAGAAAUACCUCCUCCGCUUCCAGAGCCGAGGAUAAGUCGUCUAGCCCCGCCUCCUAAACCAGGAGUUGUUCCACCAAAACUGGAUCUAGUUCCUCCAAAGCCAUGUCGAGUGCCGUGUACAUUACCUAAUUCUAAAAUAGAAUUAGUCAAUCAAAAUCCUUUGUCAACUAGACCUGGGGUAGUAACUCCGAUUACAAGUCCAAGUGCAAAGCCCGGAACUAUAUGGUCGAAACUUGGUCCAGUUUCUCAGUCUCCUUUUGUAAGGGCACAGAUGCAGCUGGGAUUUUACCCGAUUAUGAAUACAGAAGUGAGAACGCAGUCUUCUGCCGAAAGACGUAUUGCCAAAGAAGGCGGACUGUUUAUGGAUACCAAAACGCUUAUUUCUGAGACUGUUACAUUCCUUGAUGCAGAAAGAAGGGUGGAUGAGAAGGUAGAAAAUGCAAGACGUCAAAUUGAAACAGAGCAGGAUCAGACAGUAAGGAAAAAAUUAUUCAACCGGAACGAAAAUUACGCAGGAUCGAUUCUCAGUGCUGCAUUUAUUGAAACUGAAAAGCAAGUCGAAGAAAUGAUCGAAAAUGCAACGCUAGCGUUGUCAGCCGCUGUUAAUAAUUUGAAUGUCGACCGAAAAGACAGAGCAGAAAUUCUGGUCACGGGACAAGGUGAAGGCUAUGAAUACUUGCAGCAAUUGAAUAGCAAGCGGCAGUACGAAAAUGACCCUAUCGAUAGCUCGACUCCGGCAAAACCCGUACUUCAAUCAAGGAUAAACAAUGCAAAUCCAGGAAAUGUGUAUACCAUGAGAAGGGAGCCAGAGCGACGAGUAAACUUUGAUGAUAAUCAUCAGGAUAAUACUAAGCAAACGAUCCAACAGUUGGCUCAGCUUGUAAUGAACAGCGCGCGCUGGCGCAAUGCUGCAACUCAACAUCAACAAGACAAAAACAAUGUUCCAAGCACUGGUUUUCGAAAUAUUGCAUCCAAUGUUGGACCAAACAUGAAUAAGAAUCAAACGUCUACAAACGUGAAUGCUCAGGGCGCAGGAAACAACCCGAACGCCUAUCUGCAAUCUAGGUCUGGCACAAUGAACAAGGACAAUAAACCAUCAAUACCAAAUCAAGAAAGGUAUUCAUACGGAGGUCAGCCUGCACAUGUCAGACAAGCGAUGGACAACAACGUUAGACUGUCUUACAAUGGGCCUGGAAUGACAACUCGACCACAGAUGGGUUUUACCACCGAUCUGUUAGUCAGCGAUGAUAGCGAUAACAUUCCCAUGAAUCAGUACGGUGGUCAGAUAGGAUUUGUUGAUAAUCCUCUAUUGAACUAUAAGCAGCCGAAACGGUUCUUCACAAAUGUCGAUAACGAUGAUUUUUUGCACGAAGAGCGGCAGCAGCAGCAACAACAACUUCGACACACCUACAACAAAAAUUUUACGGAUAAUAGACGGACCACUCAGAGCGGUCCUCCGUAUAUGACUAGCAAUGGACAUAUGGUCAUGGCUCAGACUGAAAACAUGAUUCGCCAAUAUGUUCACAGCAGGAAAGGUAAAGAUGACAAGGAUACAGACUCAGAUAAUGAUGAGGUAUUUCUUGACACCACAGCAAGCAUGCCACCGUCGUCCUCUCGUCGGAGUUCGCUUACCUCUAUGGGAACUGCGGUCUCAGGGAUAUCUUCAAAGUCUGGAAAAGCAGACGGAGCUAACUGUAUAGUUAGCUAGAUAUAUCUAUAACUUUGAUCAUUGUUUUCUUUUUAAUUUUUUAAUCAAGUUUUCCUUGAUUUUAACCUAGGCUUAACGGUUCUUUGUUUUUAUAGACAUGAUAAAUUUUUUUUAAUCGACAUAUAGUGUUAGUUUAAGAAGAUUAUUCAUCAAUUAUUAUACGUAAUACGAAACCUGAAAUACGGUCACUGUUAAUUUUUGCAUUCAGCUAUUGAGGCUAGUAGAAUUGUAACAUGUUUAUUUACUCGUUUUUUUGGUAAUCAAAUGCAAGGAUUGAAUCGAAGACUCAAUACUAGUACCUGCAACACGAAUUUCACGUAAACAUUAAAUAUAG